AAAUCCCAAAAUGUCUGCGAAAGAUAAGCUGGCCAAUCCUCUGAUUGCUCUAGUCGUGUUCCUGGUUCUCACAAUUAUUGCACUCCUCGCCACUAUUAUUAUCAUGAAGCUCAAUGAAAAGCCAGUGGAGCCGCCAAGAGUUGCUCCGAUUGCUCAGAAGUUGGUAGCUCCCGAGAAGAAGUCAAGGCCUGAGCCGGUGACAAAUCCGGUGACGAUGACAAGGCCUGAGCCGGUGACUCAGGCUUCGAAGCCAAGGAAUGUCUGCGAAACUCCAGGAUGUGUAACUUUGGCUGAUCAGCUUCUCAACUUCCAAGACCCCUCCGUAGACCCAUGUCAGGAUUUCUACAAAGCCGCUUGCGGGAAGUAUUCGGAGCACGAGGUGGCAAAUCGAAGACUGCAGAAGAAGGAUAUCAUCAUUCAGAGAAUGAUUAAAAAUUUCCUGCUGAAAAAUGAGACUUCUGAGUCGAAAUCUGAAAAUGUGAUGAGGCAGGUGUAUCGGACUUGUGAGGGGUUGAAAAACGAAGAAAUUUUCAAUGCAAAUAUGAAAACUGCCUUCAGAGAAUUAUUCAAGGAUAUUCAAAAAAUUGGAUCAUGGCCAGCGGCAGACAAAAAUUGGGAUGAGACUAAACUCAACUUGAAUGAAAUGUUGCUCAACAUCGUCAAGCUUGGUAGCAGUAAUUUCGGGCUUUUUCAAAUCCGUCCAACUGAAGUCCCAUUUUUGGAAGUUGCUCCGGAUAUGGCCCGGAGCCCAAAGGUUUCUGCGAAUUUUCAGCAGAUAAUUUUUGAUAUUUUGGAGAAGAAUGGGCUUCAACCGGAUGAAAAUGUAAUUGCCGAUGAUGUUGAAGACUAUAUUACGUUGGAGGAGACUUUGAGCCAAUACGCCUAUGACUAUAACGCCGAAAAAGUCCAAUUUUCCAAGCUUCAAGCCCAAGUUCCUAGUCUGAAAUUGGAGAAGAUUAUCGAAGAAAUGAUGAAUCCGAACCGGAAAAAGCUGCUAGUUACGAAGGUUAAGCCGAGAAUGGUAGCUCACAAGCAUUCGCUGUUUUUUGAUGAGAAGAUGAAUCUCGAAAAGCUGCUGAAAUCCACACCGAAGCGAACACUGGCCAACUAUUUGAUUUUUUAUUAUAUGGACCACGCAAUGAAUGGUCUCUCGGUUCACGACAACGUGAUUAAGAAACGAAAUUGUGAAAAGCUUGUAAUAGAAUACCUCCCAAAAGCAUCACUCCGUGUUUUUGUCCGAAAUCAUUUCGAAAAAGGAAAUCUGAAAAUCGUUGACGAAAUGGCUGAAGAAACUAAGAAAUCCUUCAUAGAAAUGCUCCAAGAAUCCACGUGGCUCGGAGCUGACUCCAAGAAAAAUGCGAUUUUGAAGCUGGAGAAAAUGGGCAAAAUGAUUGGUUAUCCGAAGGAAUUCGAGAAAAAAGGAGCACUGGAUAAGAUGUUCGAAACGCUCAAACUUCUCCCCAAAGACACCCUUUACGGGAUUCUCAAGAAGAUCGGAAGAUUCCAUAUGGAGCAAGGCAUCGAGUUUGUGGCUCUAGAGACACCGAUGGAUCCGGUGCUGCCGGUUCUCAUGACGAACGCGUUUUAUACUGAUCGAAAUCAUUUGUCUUUCCUUGUCGGGUACAUGGAUGAUCCGCUUUUCGACGCCACCUACCCAAAAUACGUAAAUAUUGCUCUAACCGGAAACAUUUUGGCUCACGAAACUAGUCAUGGAUUCGAUACAGCAGGUAUAAAGAGGGACGAAAACGGAGAAGUCAGAAGUUGGAUGAAGCCGGAGGAUUUGAAGGAGUAUGGGAAGAAAACUCAGUGCCUGGUAGAUCAAUACAAUGAGUAUGAUGAUCCGGUUUUUGGCAAAAAUCUCAACGGAACUACAACUCUCAACGAGAUGGUGGCCGACAUGAUUGGAGUUACAGUUGCUUGGAAGGUCUUUGAAAAACUCGAUUCAUCAAAAGAGCAAAAAGUCAUUGGAUUUGAAAAUGAAAAUAUUGAUAAGCUCUAUUUCAGAGCGGCUGCUUUGGAUUUCUGCUCGUUGCCCCCAACAACAAGCCUGGUAGAAGAGCUCACCAGAGUACACCCGACUGGAAAUUUCCGUGUCAAUGGGAUCUUUUCCAAUAUGCCACAAUUUGCGACAGCAUUCAACUGCCCAGAAGGAUCACCUAUGAAUCCCAAAACGAGGUGCUCGAUUUUUUGAAUAAAGAAUAAUUUUU